AUGUCCGCGUUGCAUUUGGACGUUACUGGGGAUGACUCUCCAGAGAAAUUAAAAAAUGAAAAUCAUUCUGAAGACGAUGCAGACUCCGAUUUUGAUGAUGGAGGAAGCCAAAAACGGAGACCGCGUAUUCAGCGAGCCGAGGACUUCGACGAUGGACACACUGAGGAGGCAUCAAAUGUACCCGCUAAGAACGCUUGGGAACUAUCUCCUCCUAAGGAGGCUGAAGUGGACCCUUGGGCUGAGCCGAGCACCGAGCCUGCCAAGUUCAAGACAGAUGUUGCAAAGGCGAACGGAUCGGAAGAACAAGAUCUUUGGGGACAAGAACCCAAAAGAGGAUCAGGGGCUCGUGCACGCGGCGACGCUGAUACCGGCACAGAAACGAACAAUAAGGGAAAGGCACUAGGGGAAACUCAGAACACGGAAGUUCUGUCCACAGAACAGUCUAAAGCCAGUCCGCGAGAAGAACAAGAGACAAAAUCAAGGGAACCGAAGAAUAAGGGACCCCGCUCAUCAAAACCUCCACCACCCAAAAAGCAGGAACAAACCACGAAUACCGAUACCACAGAUGCAUGGGCUCUGCCUCCGAUAUCGACAACAGAGCAGGACGCUGGCUGGGGUGUCACAACUUCCGACGAUGCCCAAGGAGCUACAUCAGGAGGAUGGGGUGAUACACCUGCGUCUGCAGGCUGGGGUGACUCACCGGCAUCUGAGAAGCCAAAUUCGCCUAAAACUUUCAAACGUCCACCUAUGUAUCUCAACCCGGACCGCGUCAAGACAGGUGGUUCGGAGCGUGCAAAGCUGUCCGAGGAGGAACUUGCUCAGCGAAUGGAAAAAAUUCGACUACAAAAUGAGAGGAUUAAAGAGAAAAGACUU